AUGUCACAAGAGGUCCUAUGUAGGCACCUCCACACCCUCAUGUACUCCUUCCUCUGGAAUUUUGCUCUUCUGGAGAUCUGGUUCACCUCAGUCAUCUUUCCUAAGACACUGACCAACAUCCCCAGGACCAUCUCCCUCGCUGGCUGCUUCCUACAAAUAGUCCUCUGUUUCUCCCUUGGCACCACAGAGUUCUUCCUGUUUGCAGCUAUGUCCUUCGACAGGUACAUCAACACCUGUAAUUGUUUGCAUUAUGCCACCAUCCUGAGCAAAAGGGUGUGUAUCAAGCUAGCAUUCUGCUUAUGGAGGACAGGUUUCCUUCUCACACAUGGUCCAAGUCACAUCACAUUUCAGCAGCCAUUCUGUAGCUCCAAUGUCAUCAGCCAUUUCUUCUGUGACAACUUUCCACUCCUGGAACUCACAUGUGCAGAUUCGAUUCUGGCAGAGCUUCUGGGUUGUGUGGUGGCCACCUUCAGCCUCCCGGGCCCUCUGGCCAUUACGACCACCCCCCACACCAUCCCGCACACCCUCCACAUCAUCUCAGUGUCUCUCUUCUAUGGCAGCUGCCUCUUCCUGUGUAUCCAGCCAGGCAAGCAUGGGCAGGGGGAGGACCAGAGCAAGGUCACCCUGGUGACCCUGACACUCAACCCUUUCAUCUACACCCCAAGGAACAAACAGGUGAAGCAGAUACUCAGGAGCCGGGGAGCAAAAUUCCCUCACGAAGUUGAGUCAGACCUGAGAGAGGGAGAAAUUGCCUCUUUGCCGGAACCUCUGCUAAUGAAGCUCCUGUCCUGA